AACUUUAUUGUGGUCAUAGGUGAAAUGAGACAGUCCAUCUUGAGAUGAUCUACAGUGCAUAUAGAAAAGAAUCAGCCCCCUUUAAAAUAAUCACAUUUUGUUGCUUUGCACCCUGAUUUGAAGACAGACACAGUUUUUGUUUUAUCCAGCUGUAUUUACUCUGUGCAACAUAUAACAUCCGAGUAAACGAUAUAAUACGGUUGGAUAAAUCAAAAACUGUGUCUAUCUUUGUUUCAGGCUGCAAAGCAACAGAAUGUGAGGGCUGAUUCUUUCCUACUGUACAUGCUUUCAAUGCUCUUCUCUGGCUACCCUGCAUUUCUCAUGCUGAAUUUACAUCUGGAGGAUAUUAACGCGAUUCAAACUGGAGGGACCUCACUGUUUUAUAGAUGCAUAAAAUCCGAGCCUUUGUUGUGGAGUUUUAUUGCUCGCUGUUGGAGUUAUAAGUAUUUAAUCUGGUGGGCUUGUUGCUUCCUGUUUUGUGUUAUUGUGGUUGCAGCUAAAAAUAUGAGUACGUUACGUGAUAUGCAGAUACUUUAGCGUUUCCUUUCCUCCUUCUCUGCCAGUUUUUUUUUUUUUUCGUUUACACUGUAACGUAAAUAAGGCGAAAAACCGCUUUAAAUAACGUUAGUCGAAUUACUAUCAGCUCAUGUUUAAUGAGUCUAGAAUUCGCUAACACUCCGUUAGCUGGCGGACUAGCAUGCUAUGCUAGCUGACCAACAAAUAAUUUUACACGAUGUAAACGUCCAAGAAAACAGUCAGCAUUUUUUGUUUUAUUUUUUAUUUUUGUUAUUAAUCCGUCGAAAAACUCUUUCAGGACCGAUUCUGGAGAGCUAAACGCUUCUCAGCCUCUGUCGUGAUAUUAGCCGGAAUAUGGCGUGACGUGUCGGUCAGGCUGUGAGACCGAACAGGAUCCCGUCAGGUAAUGUUUACCCCACGUCUGCAGAUAGAGAAGGAUAUGGACAGCUCAGUGACCCUGUGGCAGUUCCUGCUGCAGCUGUUGCUGGAUCCCAGCAAUGACCGGCUGAUCUGCUGGACCAACGAGGAUGGAGAGUUCAAACUGUUGCAAGCGGAAGAGGUGGCCAGAUUAUGGGGCGUUCGCAAGAACAAACCCAGCAUGAACUACGACAAACUUAGCCGGGCUCUGCGUUACUACUAUGACAAGAACAUCAUCAAAAAAGUAAAUGGGCAGAAGUUUGUGUAUCGUUUCGUGUCGUACCCUGAUAUCCUAAAAGGAGAAGUCAUAGCCAGAACGGAGGGUGCAGACGGCGGCUCAAACGGACCUCUGCCUCUCUCUGACAAACCUGCAAACAUCUCCAGGGAUAAAGACGACAAAGCCAUCCCAGACCGAGGUGCAGGAACACCAGCUCAGUCCAAAUCGUCCAGCCGGAAUGAUUAUAUCCACUCAGGCUUGUAUUCUUCCUUCACUUUGAACUCUCUGCAGUCAGGAACGCAACUUUUUAAAUCCAUUAAGAUUGAAAAUCCAGGAGAAAAGCUAAUGGAGAAAAAGGCCGCCCAGGAGUCGCCCCAGCCACCCACCGUCAUUAAAUUUGGGACCAUGCCACAGAACAGACAGGGCACUCCGUCUGUUAUAGAGAAGCCUGAACUUCCGGCACAGCCCGCCCAAGCCCCACCACCCGCUCCGGCAGAACCUGAAGCCAAACAGACGGCCGUCUCACAUGUAGUGUGUGCGUUUGUGGAGAAUCCCACCUCGGAGAAUGCCAUGACGGGCUUCCCGCUCUCAAGAGUCUCUCCAUCGCCGCUCCCUCAUUCCAAGUCGCCCUCCUCUUCACCGAUGACGGAUUCCCAGGAGCUGGUGAUUGACAGUGAAAUCGAGUCCCUCUCCUCACAGCCCUCAGAGUUACAGCUGCAGGACCAGCCCAUCUCUGUUUUCAAGGACUCUGUAGCAGUGUUUGAGAUGUCUGAAUCUCCACCCCGCAGUCUCAGUGGAAAGUCGAAGAAACCCAAAGGCCUUGAGUUGAUGCCGACGCUGGUGGUGACCAGCUCUGACCUCAGCCCUUUCAAUCUGUCCAGCCCAUCCCUCCCUACGGCUUCUCUCACCCCUGCCUUCCUGCAGACUCCCCUGCUGCUCACACCCAGUCCACUUCUGUCCAAUAUCCAUUUCUGGAGCACACUCAGUCCGGUGGCACCCCUCAGUCCCGCCCGGAGACAGGGCACACACACCCUCUUCCAGUUUCCUUCUGUCCUGAGUUCCACCCAGUUCUCUGUUCCCGUGUAUAAUUUAGACGGCACCAACACGCCCGGCCCUCUCUCCCCCGACCCACAGAAGACAUAAGAGAGGGAGAAAGACCGGCACACUUCAUCUUUGCCUCAUGUUUUUGAUUGAUAAACAGAUCAACCUCAUUCUGUUCACCUGAUCUGACAUCCUUGAGGUAACGAAGAUUUGUGACCAGCCUUUAAGCGUCAAGAGCAUCCGUUUGACCCUUGAACCUUUUUGAUGUCCAUACGGAUGUAUAUCAAGCCAUAUAGUGUCUGCAGGACACUGUAAAUCUUGUUUCUGUUUUUAAUGCACUGCUCUUCAGGGAUUGGCUGCAGUAAGACUGAAGCAGAUGGCUGUUGAUCUGCACAGCUGCCAAUAUGCGAGCUUAUCGUAAAACAGCCAUCGCUUGAUCAUUUGAUUAGGAUCCUGAUUGAAUUUCCUUGUGUUUUGCUUCUUGUGGAGUCUUGUGGACUUCGAUCAGACACAGAAGAGAUUCUCACAUGACGUCGGCACCAUGUGUUUGUAUAGCAUUGGAUAAAGAGAUAAUUUUGUACAUAAUCCAACAAGUUCGACUCAUUUUUGCCUUUUGUUUGGGAAGUCCUCAAACAAACCGGCCUUGCUAAGCUAAACCACCCCUUUGCCUUGUGAUUUUGAUAAAGGUGACCGCCGUUUUACCUUGUAUCUUUCUUCAUGCUGCACUUACUGCCAUGUAUUUCAAGUGUUCUGUCACAAUAACCCUACAAACAGCACUUGGAUGAAAACAAGCUGCACUUACUAGGGCUUUUGCGCCUUUUCAUGUUUACUAGCCAUGCAGAUAAGAAGUAGUGAACUAGUUGGCUUAUUUUUCAAAACUAAUGUCACCCAGCUCUCUGGGACGCAGUUGUGUACAUGCCAAUUUUCAUUCUAUUAUGUCUACAUCUACAAUUCAGUGCAUCACCUAGUAAAGCUAGUUGGUGCAACCCUCAAAAACGUUCCUGACAACAUUUUUAAUGUUCAAGAGCCACAUGAACGCAAUCGCUUUAUGUAAUGAUUGUGAUCAGAGUCAGCAGAAGUCAAGUUUAUUUUGUAUAGCUCAUCAAAUAUGAAAAUUCUGCAUGUCUUUCUAUUUUUUCUGAGGAACGCAGUCAUUUGGAGAAUAUCCAUGCAAUGGAAGUCAACAAAAGAACACUGAACCCAGCUGACCUUCACACCACAUACAUAUUUUGUGUUGAACAGAAGAAACAAAGUUUUAGAUAUUUCAUUCAUUUUUGGGUGAACCAUCUCUUAAUGAAUAUAGAGGCUAACAAUCAGGAAGCCAGGAACCUUUCUGGUGCUUUGACCAUGAUGCACGUAUUUGAGAGGCUGUUUAGUAGGCUGAAUUGGCAUCAUCCUCGUUCCAAUGCUUGAUGGCGACUGUCUAAUGAAGCGUGUUUCCACACACGCCCCAACGCCAUUGAACCAUUACCGUAACACCACCAGAUAUGCCACUGCAGCCAUGCUUAUCAUGCAGAUCUACUCCUCUAAACCAUUUCCCCUCUCUGAAAGACUGGAAGCCAUUAGGAAUGAUUUCAGUUGAGUGGAAAAACCCAAGGACUUCCAAUAGACUGCAGAUUCACCAUUAUGCUGAUGGAGCCUAGACAGCAUAAAAUGGAAUGGAAUGGCACCGGCUAAGUGCUUAAAGCCUCAUCCCACCAUUAGGAUGGUCGGAUUGGUGGAGAUCAGUUGGAUGUGUACCGUAACUGGAUUGCUGUCUGUAGAGUCCAGGCCAAAUACUCAAAACCAUUCCUGCAUUUGUCAGCUUUCCCAGUGUUGUGCAAGAUUCAAUCCCCCCGCACAAUACAAUCUACCUCGACAACAAGGCAAAGCUGUUUGUAAUGCCCAGUCAGAAGUGUCUGUCCUUGUUGUAGCUGGUUUGGCUGGUUAGCAUGGUCCAGUUAACACCUGCUGGUAGAUUAUAACACAUAUUUUUCUCCGUUUAUGCUCACUCAGAACUGGCAUGUGUUUUGUAAGCAUCAAAUUUAUUUCCAAUAUAACUGCAUUAUGGUAAAUACAAAGUUACAUUAUCAUUUAAAAGUUUGGGGUCAGUAAGUUUUUUUUUUUUUUUUUUUUUUUUUUUUUUUUUUAUAUUAAUACUUUUACUCCUCAAGGAUGCAUUUGAUCGAAAAUGUGAAAAAAAUAUUUAUAAUGUUACAAAUUAUUUCUAUUUCAAAUAAAUGCUGUUCUUUUGAUCUUUUAGUCAUGAUAGAAUUUCGAAGAAAUAAAAAAUGUAUUCCAAACAAAUAUUUAACUGUUUUCAGCAUUGAUAGUAAUAACAAAUAUUAUAUUGGAAUUAUAUUAUAUUUACAAAUCAGAAUGAUUUCUGAAGAAUCAUGUGACAUUGAAGGGUGGAGUAAUGGUACUGGAAGUUUAGCUUUGUAUCACAGGAAUAAAUUGCAUUUUAAAACAUAUUAAAACAGAACAUAUUUAUUUUAAAUUGUAAUUUCAAUGUAUUUAUUUUUUUUGGUCAAAUAAAUGCAACAUUGAUUAGAAUAAAAGACUUUCUUCAGAAACAUUAAAUAAGAUUUUCUGACCCCAAACUUUUGCAUGGUAGUGUUUCUUAAAAGAUUAAGUGAUUUAUUUACCACAAAGUGUAAAGUAGUGUCUCUGAUCAGGCAUUAUACUAUAGAUGAUACCCAGAACAAGGUCUGGAAUUCUUUUAGGGGCCAGUGGACUUUGUAUUCUGCAAGAGAAUUGAAUAUUGCACGACACUAUCAAAGAUUGCUAAAUGUCUGAACCAAAUUCUGCAGCCACUCUUUGAUGUCAGUGCAGUAUCGUUGUUUUGUCUUGUUUAAACCAGGUUAAAACAAGGUUGCACAACAUAAAACCCUACCUCUAGGAGUCCCAAACUCAACAAGCCAUGAUUUAUAGCUGACAUGCAUUGGAUGCAAAACUGGAACAAGGCUUAAUUGCGGACAUUCAUGUUGCAGAAACGGAGCUUUGUUAGUGUCUCUCUUAAAGUGCAAUGAUAAAAAUAGAAAGGGAUAAAAAAAAAAAAAACGUGUAUGUAUAUAAAAACAGCAUCUCAAAUUCAGCUCUCAGGUAUUGUAUGAUUACCCACAGUCCUUAUCCUUUCACAGAGCUCUAUGUUCAUAUCCACCAAACGGAUCUGAGUAGAAGAAACGGUUCUUUCACAUCCAUACUAAUGACAUGGUGCCUUCUAGUCCUAUUGUCUUUUGCCAGUAAAAUUAAAAAUAGGCAACAGUUAAUUGUUUCUAUUCAGAAAGGAUAUGUUUUGUCCUUUGCUACCAAAAAAAAACAACCUAAAACUUCAGCUAUUUAAAGGAUUGUUCUCGUUUGAAGAUCUUUAAUACAGGUUGAAGUUGUAUUUAACCUAGAACAUUCCUUCAGCAUAAUAUCAUAAACAUAGAUAAUACAAGCUAGAAUCUAAAUUCAGAUCCAGUAGAAAACGGAUCAAAUGAAAUCGUUUACUCAUACUUUCUAGUACUGUUGGGUUAAUAUUGUCAGUCUGCAUGGGGACGUUUUAUUCCAUUUAAUAGCUGCUGUUGUAGUGCAAAGUGUGUAAACAGCUAACAUUAAUUUUUUUUUUUUUCAUACCUGCAUGACAAAAAUGGGAUGUUUUGCUGAAUGUCUUUUCCAUACAUAAAAGCAAUUCAUUUAUAAGUACGAUUUGUGCUUUUCUGAAACCAUACAGAUGGUUUGUGGAAGGAACAGACUGACAUUUUUUACCCAAGAUUUGAACUAUGAACUACUUUUCAUAUAACACUAUAAAUUGAGUUUAUGGUGCUUUUAUGCUCUUUUUGGGCCUGUAAAUCAUCUGCUUUCAUUGUAUGGAAAAGAGCAGCUUGGACCUUUUGAAUUUCUUUUUAUUUUUUUUGUUUCAUGGAAAAAAGAAAUUCAUAUACAUUUUUUGGGGGGUGGGGGGGUUCAAAUAUUCUUUUAAGUACAUAAGUUCAAAUGUGUCAUUGUACAUAGAGUAAGAUGUGAUGGGAUGUCACUAGCGUUGUGCUGUUGUUGUUCAUUUGCAUUCCCGCAGAAUUCAGACUGUGUUUGAUUGCUCUUGCCUGUAUCGUGAGCACUGCACGUGCAGUUGCCUUCUCAUCGAGGGAAUAUUGAGUUGCUUAAUGCCUUUUACAAUUUGAAUAAUGGAUUUGUGCAGUGUGCUAUGUGAAUUGUUUUUUAACCUGUUUCCGUUAUUUUUGUUAAAUGCUCUCUUACCCACUUAGUAGAUUUAGUUUUUCAUUAAAUAGUCAUUUGUUUUGUUUCUAUGAAAAUUCUAACUUCUCCCUGUAACUGAUAAAAUGGGUUUGUUAUAAAUGUUUAGCUGUUAAGCAAUGAUGUUAUGUUUCUUCUGUUUGUUUGAGUUUGGUUUUUCCCAUAACACAUUUAACUAUUGUAGCCAUACUGAACAUCUGUUGUAUUUUAAUGCGAGUCUCAAGCACUUAACUUCUCUCUUUUUCUCUCUCCCCUCAUUUUGUCUCUUUACAGGCACUUUGUAUUUUUUAGAAUCUGUUGUAAAACUGUAAGUCUCAGCUUAUUAUUAGUGACUCCACCACCUCAAGCACUCAAAUUUGGGUUUUGGAUCAGCAUUUGUAAACUAUGCAUUUAAACUUUUUGCUGCAAAGAGAUUUUGUAAUGAAUUUUUAGACUUUCUGGCACCUACUAUAAGCAUUUUCUCUUAACUGAGAUUUUUAAUUCCAAAAAGUCAGAAAGCACUAUAUUUUACAAAAAUUUUACUUUUUACGAAUAGGGUAUAAAAUGGCAGUCCUCUUCCAAUUGUAUUUAAUUCAAAUUACCUUUUUUUAUAUUAUUAUUAUUAUUCUUUAUUCAGUGGCAGGAACAGGCUUCCAUACAAAUCAGUCUUUAGCGAGAACUAUUAAAAAUGUUAAAAUAUUUUCUCACAUGAAAAAUAAUUGAUAUUCAAUUAAGUCUAGGUAAUAUGUUUUUUAUCUGCAUUCUAUUUAGCUGUUCUUCUUUUGUCUGUAACCUGCCUAUUCCAUAAUUUCCCCCCAAAAAUAGCAAGUUCCCCUAAAAUUUGUCCACCCAGAAAGUGGCAUCAUGUGAGCUCUUUCUUAUAGCUAACAGAACAUGAAGUUAUAUAAUGUCAUUCCAUUUUGUAAAUUUGCACACAUUGUAAUGUUAACUGUAUUAUUAACCAUUCCAUAUUUGAGAAAAAUUACUCGCAACCGUUUGUUACCCAUUAGUGUAUUUAUUGCAUGAAAACACACAACAAAAAAUUACAAAUCAGGCUUUUAACCCAUAUUCAGACUUUAAAACAGAUAAGAUAUUUUUCCUUCUUCUUCAGGAACUCUAUAUACAGUAGAAGACUAACAUUUUAUAUAUCAUAAUAUCUUGAAUAUUAAUAUAUUUUGUUUCUUAAAUAUGCGGAAUAUAAUAAAUUCUUAAAUAUCGGAAGUUAAUAAAUUGCUAUUUUGUACCCUAUUCUUGGAAAGUGCAAAUAUUACAAUUUUAAGAUACACAAGAUCUUCUCAUCCUCUAAAUGUUGACAUGACUGCACUGCAUUUUGAACAGUAUUUUGUUUUUCAUGAGUAAAUUAGAUUUUAUUUUAUUUUUUGUGGAAAAGGGAUGAUGAUGAUAAUCAAAAGUGUGAUAAAUUCUACUGUUAUGGUACAAUAUUGACAUCAAAUGUUUUAAAUAUUUUUGUGCAAAUGUAUUUUCAGAUUGUCUCAAGUAGUUCAAAUGUUUACGAAUCUGUUCAUUGGCGUACCUGUUGUACUAAUCUCUGGAUGUUGGAAGGGAAGGAAUAUUUCUAUAUAAAAAAAAAAGAAAAACAGUAA